UAUGAAAACGGUCCAUUACAUUUUGUCCUAGACGUUAUCUAAAGAAAGAGUCCUAUUGUGCGCGAAUCACUGCAGCUAGCUAGCUAGCCGCACGUGCGACAUUAAGCAGCUAUGAAAAAAUAAAAAAAGAACAGAGAUAAUCAUUUUAUUAUUCGCCAGUGUACCGAGCACACGUCUUGUAGUUAUAGGCCACGAUUUAGCCGUUUCCUGCAAUGCUGGAUGCCCUAAAUUCGGAGUUGUUAAGAAUUAGUGCCCGUUCUUCGAAUGGUUCUUUUCCUGGCCACGUUUGUCACAAAUGUAUACAAUAACACCAGGACCUGAUGACUCGUAAAUAAUUAAACACAACAACCUUCUAACAAUGGCCACCAAAAAGAGUCAAGAAACCACACCGCUAGAUGGCGACGAAGCGCCAGUUAAGCUGGAUGAGGUGUUGAGCAAGUUGGGAGCUUUCGGGAAACACCAGAUGAUCACCAUGUGCAUGUUGGCACUGGUGUAUGCCACCAACUCGAUGUACAAUGUGAACUAUGUGUUCGCAGUCGAAGAUGUCAACUACAGGUGCAAGGUCCCAGAGUGCGAGUCGGCGGGCUCUCCAUACAUCGUGCCUUGGCUCAACGCGUCGAGUCCUCAUCUCGAAGGGCCCAAGCAGUGCCUCCAGCACCCGCCGCUGAGUGCCCAGUGCCACACCUUCAACACCUCCGUGCUGAGGGAGUGCCAGGAGUGGGCCUACGAAAUACCUAACAGCUUUGUUGCCGAGUUCGGUCUGGCGUGCGAGGAGUGGAAGCCGCCGCUGGUGGGCACCAUCCACAGUUUCGGCAGCAUGAUCGGCCUGCUCAUCCAGGGACAGAUAUCUGACAGGUUCGGGCGCAAGACAGCCGCGGUGUUCGCAGGGACCAUGGGCGCCGUGCUGGGCCUCACGAAGAGCUUCGCCACCUCCUUCUGGCUCUACCUAGUGUUCGAAGGGCUGGAGGCAGCCAUCGGCGACGCUCUGUCACCCAUGUUCAUGUUGAGUAUUGAGAUCGUGGAGAAGAAACGCGCAGUGCUGUUCCAGAUGAUCCUACUAAAUUGUUACACGAUUGGCCAAAUCAUCAUGCCCUUCAUAGCAUGGGGCGUCCCUUACUGGAGGAACUUCCUCCGAGUCAUCUACGCUCCCACCCUCAUCAUCCUCACAUACUCCUUCUUCCUCGACGAGAGCAUCAGAUGGUUAUUCAGUAAAGGGAAGAAGAAGCAAGCAAUCAAGUUGAUAGAGAAGAUAGCGAAACGGAACAACGUGAAAGUGGAUAAAACAUUAAUAAACAAACUGGAUUAUAUAGAUGAAGAUAGCUCUAAAGUAACAGAUAGGAAGCUUCUAAUAAAGACCUUCAGGUCACGGAUAAUGCUGCAGAGGUUCCUGGUGUGCAUGGUGUGGUGGUUCACCAUAACGCUGAUAAACUUCGGAAUGAUGAUCAGCUCAGUGCUCAUCAGUGGAAAUAAAUAUUUAAACUUCGCAUUGCUAAUCAUGAUGGACAUUCCCGCCAAUAUAUUCUAUUGGUUAGCUUUAUCGAAGUAUAAACGAAAACUGCCCUUGAUUGGGUCGUUUAUUGUUGGAGGAAUUUUCUGCGUCUCACAGCCUUUUAUGCCUAAAGGUUACGCGUGGAUCGGGCUGGCGUUAUUCAUGGCGUUUGAAAUGCUGGCCACGUUUUCAUACAACAUCGUGUAUAUGUACACUUCGGAGCUGUUCCCCACCUACACGCGUAACUCCAUGCACUCCAUCUGCUCGGCGUUCGGUCGCGUCGGCUCGUUGCUGGCGCCACAGACACCGCUGCUGAUGACAUACUGGACUGGACUGCCAGCCCUUAUAUUCGGCCUGACAUCUCUACUGUCCGGUUUCCUGACGCUCUUCAUGCCGGAGACAGCAAAAACACAACUACCUGACACCAUCAGAGAAGCGGAGGUCAUCGGAAAGAGAUCUGUCAUCAAAUACGAUCCGGCCAAAGAAAGCUUGAAAGGAACUUAAGAACAAGGAUGCUUUUUAAGAGAAUUAAUUAUGAAAAUAUAAAAACACUGUACAAACCUAUACAGAUAAUAGAACACAAAAAACAAAAGACAUGUCCGCUUCGUCCAAAACCAAGUGUUUACUUAUUAACGACGAAGAGAUGUACGUUCCUCUAUUUUUUUAUAACAAAAAAUUAUGUAUACCUUUUUGGAAGCCGGUCAAAAAGGAAGAAAUAAACAUGAUAUACUAAAAACGAUAGAAAAAUCGUAGCUUAUUUAUAGAUAUUUGUUUAUUAAUUUACAUUUGUAUCAUAUUUUAUCGAUCAGUCUGAUUGCCUUUGUAAUGUAUUUAUUGGUAAGUAACAUUAAUACUUAGAUAAACUAGAUUUUUCUCACCACCUAAUAUUAAUAUGCUUACUCACAUCGAAGCAGUUUGGUUGCUCAAAUCUCCCAAAAUCUCUGAUGUAGAAAUCAUCUUACUUGACUUAUUUAGGUUGAUGUUGAAUAUUGCAAGGUAACUGGUUCACUAUAUAUGGAGGUCUUUAAAUAAAACUCGAAGAGCACUUUUACACGAUGCGUUUAAUCCGCCAUGUUUUUGGAGAGAGAGAGAGGAACCAAGGGGUUGCCAGAAUGAGACGCCAAUCGUCGUUCGGAAAUAGAUAAGAUUUUAUGUAUUGUAAAUUCAGUUCGGAAAUACUGAACAAUCUCUACAAAACGCCCUUACUGCACAGCUAAAGCUGAUAAUGAGGAUAUAAAUAUGAAAAUCUAUUCUUAAAAGCCAAAAAUCAAGAAAAAACAAAGUUAAAAAGAAUAUUUCUUUUUAAUGAAAUCCAUUUGGACUUGUAACUUAACGACGUAUUAACAUUAAGAAUAGAUAAUGCAUAAUGAAAACAAGACAGUUACGUGCAUUAUUACAUUUCUUACCGCCUAAUCAGUUAAAUGGGUUAUGUCAUUAGGAACAUAUACAAUAAAAUAUAGAGAAUACACUCACACAGCCGUAGCCUAGUGGAAAUUAUGACCUAUGCCUUUAAUUUGGUGGCGUAGGUUCGAAUCCGAUUAGAGACUUACCACACUUUUACCACAUCGUGAGGUAACCAGUAUACCUAAGAAUUUUCUUGUUUCUCUACGUGUGUUAAGUCCGCCAAUCCGUAUUUGGCCAGCGUGGUGGUCUAACCUCUCUCAUUUAGAGAGGAGACUCCUGCUCAACAUUGAGUCAAGUAUGGGUUGUUAAUGAUUAUGACACUCACAUAAAUGUACUUCUCAUGAAAAAAAUCGGAACAGUACGUACGUAAGUACUUACUAUUUCGUUUAAACAGUAGGUUUAAGUACAAAGUAAUUUCUUCGAAUAUCGCUUGUAAUUCUUGUCCAUUUACAUAAGUCAAGUGUAAUCAUUAUUGAAGUGGUUGAAUGAAGGUGUCUUAUUUUAGACAUUCACUUACCAUACCAAAAUAAAAUCGGGUGACAAUUAUCGCAUAUGGAAGAUUGUCUCCCGCAUUUAAAAAACUCCUUACACUAGCCAGAACAUUUGUUAGUGAAAACAGUAUUAAGAAUUUAUUUACAUUUAAAACGAAUUGUUGUAAAUAAUAUUUUAAGUAUGAAAAUAUAGGUAAGUUUAUUUAUAAAAUAAACAAAUUGCCAAUGAAAAUGUGUUUAUAAUGUAAAUAGAAUUAUGUAAGCAUCUAACGUUAUUCGUUCAAUAAACUUUUAAAACUAUAUGGUGCGUUUUCUUUGUUAAUAUUUUGGAUUGCUGUGAACUGAUCGAUGUAUGUACUUGCAUCUAAGACUAGUCAGAAAACAUAACAGAUUUUAAAACAUUACACGAGGAAUUCCUAGAGUUAGUCGAGUUAAAAGAAAGUAAAAAGAAGCUAAGCACUACACCGUAAUGUACUCUACACAGGGUUCAACGCCACGAGCUUGGGCCGGGCGAAUACGGCGUACAGAAUAAACACUUGUCAGUUUGUUUUGGCCCCUUUAUGUUCAAAACUUAAAGAAUGGAUUGAAGGAAGGAGGUUCGAGGUUCAAUAUUCAUCCUUUGCACUUUAGUCGUCGUCUAGAAAGGCAGAAAGGGUAAUAAUAUCAGUGGAAAUAAAAAGGGCUAAUGUUAUUUAACAAGUAUUUUAGAGAAGUUCAAAUUAAACAUUUUGAAAACCCCCCGAAAAUACCGCAUCGGUACAUUUGUUUGAGAGCUCUAUACGAUGCCUCUGACAUCGACAUCUAACUUAAAGCACCCCCUCUUUUUGCGUUGGGGUUUAAAAAGCAUGUCUAUUGAAAUUUCAAGCAUUGAAAUGAUGACUUUACGUAAAUCAUUACAUAAAAUUAUAACUAAUAAUUAUAAAUAAACCUAAUAGUCCGGUCAAGUUAGACCAAAUUUCAUUUAAAUCGUUAUAUCUCAAAAACGGUGGCUCGUAGGAAAAUAAAUAUUGAUACAUAUUUGUAGAUAAUUUUAUGAUCUACAGACUAAUUUUCUUGAUCUUUGAGUAAUAUUUUUUCCUUACAGGGGAAAGAUGGGGAACUUUAAAAUUUUAUUUUCAAUCAAAUUUUAAACAAUCUUACUGAUUUUCAUCUUGGUGGGAAUUUAUGUAGCUUCGAAUGUCUAAAUUGACCGUACUAUAAGCCUAAACUAUAGUCUGGCAAGUUGACAACACUCCCAUGAUAUGUGGGCGACGGAGGGAAGACUGCACGGGUGUGAAAUCGUACGUGCAGGGAAGUGAGUUGCAUCAGUCGUGGGUUUUUCAUUCAUCGCCACACGCCCCCCGGCCCGCGUGGCCCGGGAGUGUUACGAACGAAGUUGCCAAGCUAUACUCGUUGGUUCAACGCCACGCGCACGGCACAGGCACGUGGGACAAGCGCCUGACAGUUAGGCUAGGGCUGUGGCCUGUGGGUGCAAGUUCGUCGCUCGGCAGGUGUCGCCACGACCUCGCUACAACUGCGCCUCCGCGCUCGUCUCGUGACCUUUAUAUACAAGUACUAGCGGACCCCCGCGACUUCGUCCGCGUGGAAUUUAAUUUUUUACAAAUCCCUCGGGAACCAUGGAUUUUUCCGGGAUAAAAAGUAGCCUAUAUGUUAAUCCAGGCUAUUAUAUAUCUUAAUACCAAAUUUCAGCUAAUUUGGUUUCAUUAGUCGAGGCGUGAAAGAGUAACAAACAUUCAUAUCAUCAAAAUCAUCAGUUUUC